AUCUGUUUAUAAAGGGUGAUUUUUUUGAGGUUAGGAUUUUCAUGCAUUAGUAUUUGACAGAUCACGUGGGAUUUCAGACAUGGUGUCAAAGAGAAAGAUGCUCAGUAUGCUUUGACAUUUCAUCAUGAAUAGACUUACUAACGAGCAACGCUUGCAAAUCAUUGAAUUUUAUUACCAAAAUCAGUGUUCGGUUCGAAAUGUGUUUCGCGCUUUACGUCCGAUUUAUGGUCUACAUAAUCGACCAAGUGAGCAAACAAUUAAUGCGAUUGUGACCAAGUUUCGCACUCAGUUUACUUUAUUGGACAUUAAACCAACCACACGAAUGCGUACAGUGCGUACAGAAGAGAAUAUUGCGUCUGUUUCUGAGAGUGUGGCUGAAGACCGUGAAAUGUCGAUUCGUCGCCGUUCGCAGCAAUUGGGUUUGUGUUAUUCGACCACAUGGAAGAUUUUACGCAAAAAUCUUGGUGUAAAACCGUAUAAAAUACAGCUCGUGCAAGAACUGAAGCCGAACGAUCUGCCACAACGUCGAAUUUUCAGUGAAUGGGCCCUAGAAAAGUUGGCAGAAAAUCCGCUUUUUUAUCGACAAAUUUUGUUCAGCGAUGAGGCUCAUUUCUGGUUGAAUGGCUACGUAAAUAAGCAAAAUUGCCGCAUUUGGGGUGAAGAGCAACCAGAAGCCGUUCAAGAACUGCCCAUGCAUCCCGAAAAAUGCACUGUUUGGUGUGGUUUGUACGCUGGUGGAAUCAUUGGACCGUAUUUUUUCAAAGAUGCUGUUGGACGCAACGUUACGGUGAAUGGCGAUCGCUAUCGUUCGAUGCUAACAAACUUUUUGUUGCCAAAAAUGGAAGAACUGAACUUGGUUGACAUGUGGUUUCAACAAGAUGGCGCUACAUGCCACACAGCUCGCGAUUCUAUGGCCAUUUUGAGGGAAAACUUCGGACAACAAUUCAUCUCAAGAAAUGGACCCGUAAGUUGGCCACCAAGAUCAUGCGAUUUAACGCCUUUAGACUAUUUUUUGUGGGGCUACGUCAAGUCUAAAGUCUACAGAAAUAAGCCAGCAACUAUUCCAGCUUUGGAAGACAACAUUUCCGAAGAAAUUCGGGCUAUUCCGGCCGAAAUGCUCGAAAAAGUUGCCCAAAAUUGGACUUUCCGAAUGGACCACCUAAGACGCAGCCGCGGUCAACAUUUAAAUGAAAUUAUCUUCAAAAAGUAAAUGUCAUGAACCAAUCUAACGUUUCAAAUAAAGUACCGAUGAGAUUUUGCAAAUUUUAUAAGUUAUCAAGCUCUUAAAAAAUCACCCUAUAUAAGAUAACGGAAUUCUUCGAAAUUCACUGCCGUUAUGGCUUUAUGUACACUUCAGUGCGAUGAAGAAGGUUAAUUAGCUUAAAUAUGUGAAUAUAAUGAUUUGAAGCAACUCAUUAUCGAUUGAUAAAUGUGUAUAUACAAGAAAAUCGUCGUUGUACUUAAACAUAAGGUUGUGGAAUUCUUGCAAAUUCACUGCCGUUAUGGAUUUAUGUCCACUCAAGUGAGAUGAAGAAGGUUAAUUAACUUAAAUAUGUGAAUUUUAUGAUUUGAAGCAUCUCAUUAUCGAUUGAUAAAUGUGUAUAUACAAGAAAAUCGACUUUAUACUUAAACAUAAGGUUGUGGAAUUCUUCCAGAUGCACUGCCGUUAUGGCUUUAUGUCCACUCGAGUAAGAUGAAGAAGGUUAAUUAACUUAAAUAUGUGAAUUUAAUGAUUUGAAGCAUCUCAUUAUCGAUUGAUAAAUGUGUUUAUACAAGAAAAUCGUCGUUGUUCUUAAACAUAAAGUUGUGGAAUUCUUGAGAAUUCACUGCCGUUAUGGAUUUAUGUCCACUUCAGUGCGAUGAAGAAGGUUAAUUAACUUAAAUAUGUGAAUUUAAUGAUUUGAAGCAUCUCAUUAUCGAUUGAUUAAUGUCUAUAUACAAGAAAAUCGACUUUAUACUUAAACAUAAGUUUGUGGAAUUAUUGCAAAUUCACUGCCGUUAUGGCUUUAUGUUCAUUCCAGUGAGAUGAAGAAGGUUAAUUAACUUAAAUAUGUAAAUUUUAUGAUUUGAAGCUUCUCAUUAUCGAUUGAUAAAUGUGUCUAUACAAGAAAAUCGACUUUCUACUUAAAUAUUAGGUUGUGGAAUUCUUGCAAAUUAACUGCCGUUAUGGCUUUUUGUCCACUUCAGUGCGAUGAAGUAGGUUAAUUAACUCAAAUAUGUGAAUUUAAUGAUUUGAAGCAACUUAUUAUCGAUUGAUGAAUGUGUUUAUACAAGAAAAUCGUCUUUAUACUUAAAUAUUAGGUUGUGGAAUUCUUGCAAAUUAACUGCCGUUAUGGAUUUGUGUCCACUUCAGUGCGAUGAAGAAGGUUAAUUGACUUAAAUAUGUGAAUUUAAUGAUUUGAAGCAACUUAUUAUCGAUUGAUGAAUGUGUUUAUACAAGAAAAUCGUCUUUAUACUUAAAUAUUAGGUUGUGGAAUUCUUGCAAAUUAACUGCCGUUAUGGAUUUGUGUCCACUUCAGUGCGAUGAAGAAGGCUUAUUAACUUAAAUAUGUGAAUUUAAUGAUUUGAAGCAUUUCAUUAUCGAUUGAUUAAUGUGUAUAUACAAGAAAAUCGACUUUAUACUUAAACAUAGGGUUGUGGAAUUAUUGCAAAUUCACUGCCGUUAUGGCUUUAUGUUCACUCCAGUGAGAUGAAGAAGGUUAAUUAACUUUUGCUAAAUGAGCACCUGACCCUCCUUAAUAUAAUAACGUACACACCAUACUCAACACGGCUACACCAUCCACAUCAUCCACACAUAAUACUCCAAUAUUCAUCCCACACACACCAACUCAUCAUCAUCUACACCACACCUUUCACACCACACACGAGGACACCAAACACAAUCAACAAAAGGGACUGGCGGACGGCGCCAGCCCCCCUUUCUAAUACGAUCUGCACGCCCGUACGCAUCUCCGUCCAACGAGUCAUUUUUUCUCCGCUUUAAAGUCGUCGUCAAAUCACCAGGUGAGUUUGCCGUGAGUUUUAUAUAACGUGUCUAUGGUCCUUCGAGCCGUACCGAGCGGCAGCAGUGGUAAUAAUACAAAAAAAAAAAAAAAAAAUAUAUAAAAAUAUAUAUAUAUAUAUAUAAAAAUAAAUAACAAGAAUAAUAAA